UCUUCUUUGACCAUCGUGUCGUUACGCUCGUUACUGCUGCAAGCCUGAGAGCUUGUCGCGUCCAUUCGUUGCUAAAAUGCCCUUUCCCACUGCCUCUGCCAUUUUUGCGGCUUCCCUUAUUGCUUCUGCUUCUGCUGUUCUCAAUCCUUCCGCAAAGACGAAUGUGGUCACCUAUUGGGGUCAGGGACCGAAUCAGAAAAGGCUCGUGGAGACCUGCAAGAACGAGGCGAUUGAUGUGGUCAUCAUUGGAUUUGUGAACCAGUUUCCAGACAACACUGGCAACGACUAUCCCGGGACGAAUUUCGGAAAUGCAUGCUACGGAGACGUAUAUACCCUACCAAACGGCCAAAAUAGCAGCCUGCUCAAGACUUGCCCCAACAUCGGUCCAGACGUGAUUACGUGCCAGCAGACAUAUGGCAAGAAAAUCUUUCUCUCCAUUGGUGGAGGAUAUCCUACCAAUUACUACCUCAAGAAUGAUACGACCGCGCGCACUUUCGCGGAUUUUCUCUGGAAGGCAUGGGGUUCUGUACAAAGCGGAUACACCGGACCACGUCCGUGGGGCAAUGCUUCAGUCGACGGCUUCGACUUUGAUAUUGAGAGCUCUAUCAGCCCUGCGCCAGCCGGUAAUACCAACUACCAGACCAGCGGUUAUGCGGCCGCAAUCAACCAUCUCCACAACGAUCUCUACCCGACCGACACCGCGAAAAGCUAUUACAUCUCUGGUGCGCCUCAAUGCGUUCUGCCAGACUCGCAUCUGUCAAGCGUUCUGAGCUCCGCAUGGUUCGACUUCAUGUUCAUCCAAUUCUACAACACUCCUCAAUGCAGUGCCCGAGCUGGAAUCCAAUACACCAAGGGCAAGAGCACAAACGAUAUCACCUUCCACAAUUGGGCACUGUCGAAGUCACUGAACCCGAAUGUCAGGUACUACAUUGGCUUGCCAGCCGACAAGGGAGCUGCGAGCGAUGCCAGUUUCUACCUUACACCGGAUGAGGCCCAGCAGACGGUGAAUCGAUUCUACGCGAAUGAAAGCCUGUUUGGUGGCAUCAUGACUUGGGAGGCUACAUACUCACAGAAUAACGUCAUCUGUCGCAAGGAGUACAGCACUUGGAUGAAGGAUAUACUUUUAGGUCACAACAACUUCCAAGCCUACGACCACGAGCACCACGCUCAAAACAACGACGUCUUCCAAGCCAACGACAACAUCAAAGGUGACAUCAACGGCGAAAAACACGACCACAUCUAA